CUCGGCUGCCAGGGCAUCAUGGCCGGCAAAGCGGCAACACAUGGAGAAACUAUUGAGACCCAAAACAAACACCAAGCCCCUCCUUACGAACUGCAGCUAUUAAAGGGAGAAGACGCCCAAUCUCGUUUCUGACCGCCCUACCAUCUCUAUCCGUUCCUGUUCUCCAAUUCAACCUCAAUUUGUCCACCCGGAGAGAAUAUUCUCUGUAAUCUAUUCCUCCAAUCCAUCAAGUCAUUUGUACUACCCACAACUCUCUCUCUCUCUCUCUCUCUCUCUCUCUCUGUUCUUCUUCUCAAAUUCAACCUCAAUUUGUCCACCCGGAGAGAAUAUUCUCUGUAAUCUAUUCCUCCAAUCCAUCAAGUCAUUGUUUUAGGCGGCUAAAAGGGAUCAGAGGCACAUAUUUGACUUGUGUCCUGGACGCUAUCUGUCUUAUUGCAUCAAAAUGGGGGGCAUAUUUGGGAAGAGUGCCUCCUCAAAGCAUUGUCUGCCGGAAUCAAACCUUGAGGUAAAGAUUGUAGAAGCGAUCAGACGGAAGGCAUCAAAAGGAAGUGCCAUAAAAUCAUUCAAUAGCAUCAUUCUGAAAUUUCCUAAAAUUGAUGAGAGCUUAAGAAAUUGCAAGGCCAUUUUUGAUCAAUUUGAUGAAGACUCCAAUGGAAUGAUAGAUCCAGAAGAACUGAAGCGUUGUUUUCACAAGCUGGAAAUUUCUUGUACAGAGGAGGAGAUUAGUGAUCUCUUUGAGGCAUGUGAUAUUAGAGAGAACAUGGGGAUGAGAUUCAAUGAAUUUAUUGUUCUUCUCUGCCUUGUAUAUCUUCUCAAGGAGCCAGCAGCUUUACAGGCAAAAUCAGGGAUGGGCUUGCCAAACCUCGAGGCAACAUUUGAAACUUUAGUCGAUGCUUUUGUAUUAUUAGACAAGAAUAAAGAUGGUUAUGUCAGCAAAAAUGAAAUGGUGGAUGCCAUAAAUGAGACUACUGCAGGUGAACGCUCAUCAGGAUGCAUAGCCAUGAAUAGAUUUGAAGAAAUGGACUGGGACAAAAAUGGAAUGGUGUCCUUCAAGGAAUUUCUUUUUGCUUGCACUCGUUGGGUGGGGAUCGAUGAUGUUGAAGAAGAGGAUGAUGACGCUAAAUGAGUUACAUACUUGCUACAUGCGCGAUCGCAUGCCAAAAAUACUUCAUCCAGGAGCACAGGAAAGCAUAUUCCCAGAAAGGUUAGCAGGCUCAAGAAAAAGAAGAAGAAGAUAGUGUGUUUUGAACAGUGAAGUCAAUCGGUCAAUAUCCCUAUUUGGUUUAAUGAUAUUUGUGUAAAUAUACUGACAGAGGUUAAAUUUUUGUUGCAUUGUUAUGAUGCUGGAUAUAUUGAUUUAUUCCUCUGUAGUUAUACCUUUGAUGCCAUCAUUACCUGAAGCAUUGUUGAGUUGCCCAGCAUAUGCUUGUCUUAGUAUGAGCAUGGGAUAUGGAGUAUACAACCAUGGGAGUGGACUGUUAUUAAAGAGAACUAGAUCACUGUAUAUCGCUAAAAAAAUUAUAACAUUGUAUAUUCUGAGUUGUCCAG